CACACACCACAUCAGUUACUUCCAAUUCCAGCAACAGCAAACACAUACUCUACUAAAAUGAGCAGAGAAGGAGGAGACUGGAUGUGCCAGGCGUGCCAGCACAUCAACUUCAAGAAACGGGAGGCGUGCCAGCGGUGCAGCUGCCCCAAGUACUCCACGGCCGCUGAGGUGGAGGCGUAUGCCGCGCCGCAGAGGACGGAGGUGAUGGCCGGAGACUGGUAUUGCGGCGCCAUGAACUGCGGCGCUCACAACUACGCCAGUCGAAGCACCUGCUACCGCUGCGGCGCUGUCAAGACCUACUGCACCUACGGCGGCUAUGCCUACGAGGCCGUUCCCGGCUGGAAAACCGGCGACUGGAUUUGCAAUCGACUAGGAUGCGCCAUGCACAACUAUGCUAGCAGGACGGAAUGCUAUAAAUGCAAAACACCCAGAGAGUGAGGAAGAGCAAGGGUAGGGAAUUGGAAGAUAAUUAGUAGGAGGGAGUUGAAGACGUGCUCUUUUCUUCUACUUUUAUUAUACUAGAAUUUUGUUUUACUACUUUUUUCAGAUUUCAUUUGAAUUAAUGAGCAUCGAUCGAUGACAAAUUGUUAA